CUUUCCUGCAUUACACUUCCUUUCUUUCUCUUAAAACUUUUCACUAUCUUCUACCUUAUAGAGGGCCAGAAUGGCUGGUGACCAGCUAAAACCCGUCGCGAUGCUUCUUUUGGUCCUUAAUCUCUGCAUGUAUGUUGUGGUUCUGGGCAUUGGUGGUUGGGCAAUGAAUAGAGCUAUUGAGCAUGGCUUCAUCAUUGGUCCAGGAUUUGACCUUCCGGCUCACUUUUCGCCUAUCUAUUUCCCGAUGGGAAAUGCUGCCACCGGAUUCUUUGUAAUGUUUGCGUUGUUAGCUGGUGUUGUUGGAGUUGCAUCUGCCAUUUCCGGAGCCAAUCAUAUCCGAUCUUGGAACGUUGACAGCCUGCCUUCAGCUGCCUCUGCUGCCACUAUUGCUUGGACUCUUACUCUCCUUGCCAUGGGGUUUGCCUGCAAAGAAAUCGAACUACAUAUCAGAAACGCUCGUCUGAGGACAAUGGAAGCAUUCUUAAUUAUCCUUUCGGCUACUCAACUGCUAUACAUAGCUGCCAUUCAUAGCGCUCCAUUGACAAGAAAAUCUUAAAAUCGGUGUGGUGUGUGGUAGACGUUUGAUGUUUUUUUUUUCUCGUGUCAAAAUUUCCUCUUCCUCACGAUUGGUUGCCUACAAAAUUUUGCCAGGGAACUGGCAGGUUGUUUAUUGACAGGUGUGAUUUGAUUGCAUUUGUAUUUGACAAAUAUUAAGUGAUGUAUAAUGAGUAUUUUGAAGUUGUUUGUGUACACUUUCUG